AUGCCACGUGAUCCAAAGGGUCCAAAGGGCCCAAAGGACCAAACAUCCAAGAAAUCGAAGUCGGAAGAGCAAGCAGAGAUGGCAGUGCUGCGAGCUCAGCUGGAGUUGGCCAGGGCUGAACGCGCCAGAGCAGAUGAGAAGAUCCGACGUUUGGAACGGCAGCUCCUUGGAGAGGCGGGCGCUUCCAAGUCAUCCAAGUCAUCCAAGUCAUCCAAGUCGCCAGAAUCCCCGGCAGAAACAUCAGAUUCUUCAUGCGGAGCUGAAGCAUCAGAUGCCAGUCAUAGCCAGGCGGAAUCUGAUGAAACGCCCAAGUCACCCAGCAAGUCACCCAGAAAUGCUGGAGUUGAUUGGGGAGAGAUGUUUCUGGACAUGUUGAUGGAAGGAAUCGGAGAUGGUUUUCCUGGAUCGAUUCGCCAGUCAGCACAGGAAGCCUUGCGUGAUGGGCCACAGCAACGACAUGACAAUCAUUGGACAGGUUCGACAGGUUGCAACUGGAUUGGUGGCAUCCGACUUGCGUGGACAUCGCCGCCAACUGUGCAAGAAGUCCAACGGCAUGUUCAAGAACAUUUCCCAAGGCCAAUUCAACCUGGUGACUCUUUGAGUAAAGUUGAUGGCAAAUCUGUGAAGGGUUUAAGCCGGCAAGACAUCCUAGGCCUUUUGCGGAAGUUCAAGGGAAGCAUUGGCUUCAAGAGAGGAAGCCAUGACAUGGCGAUCAGGGAAUCAGCCAAGCAUGCAUUAAAGAAAGGUCCAGAGAAGGAUGCCGAGCACAGCGAGGGGCAAAAUUGGAUUUGGGGGUUCCUCUUUGCUUGGACAUCUCCACCCGUGGUGCGUGAGGUGCAACCAGAGGUUCAACAGCAUUUCCCGAACCCAGUCAAUCCAGGUGAUGUCUUGCAUCAGGUUGACAACAAGCUUGUUGGCAAGCUGAGUCGCGAAGAAAUCUUGAAGCUUCUCGUUAAGUACAAGGGCAGCAUUGGCUUCCAAAGUCGUCAUGGUGACGAUUACCGAAAGUCGGCACAGGAUGCUUUGGAACACGGACCCCAAGAAGAUGCAGAAUCUGGCAAAGGCUGUGAUUGGAUCGGUGGCAUCUUGCUAGCAUGGACGUCUCCUCCGGUGGUUCGUGAUGUGAAACCAGAGGUGCAGAAGCGCUUCCCACGGCCAAUCUCCCCUGGUGAUAUCUUAUGCCAGAUUGAUGGCAAGCAUGUCAGAGGCCUGAACCGAGAGCAAAUUCUGCGUCUUUUGCAGGACUUUAAGGGCAGCAUUGGCUUCAGAAAUGGCAGCGACAUGGACGAGGAUGUGCGCAAGUCAGCCCAAGAUGCCUUGCAACAUGGACCCCAAGAAGAUGCAGAAUCUGACAAAGGCUGUGAUUGGAUCGGCGGCAUCUUGCUGGCAUGGACGUCUCCUCCAGUGGUUCGUGAUGUGAAACCAGAGGUGCAGAAGCACUUCCCACGGCCAAUCUCCCCUGGUGAUGUGCUGAACUCUGUGGAUGGAGAGCAGGUUGGCCACAAGUCUAGGGACGAAAUCCUUCGAGCUUUUGUCCACUUCGACGGUCAGCUGGGCUUUCGCUCGAAGCAUGCCACUGGUCUCGCGGAUCUUCUCCGUCGCUUAGGGGAUCUGUUCAAUCACUCGAACCUGUUGUGUUUUUGGCGCCUCAUGCCACGUGAUCCAAAGGGUCCAAAGGGCCCAAAGGACCAAACAUCCAAGAAAUCGAAGUCGGAAGAGCAAGCAGAGAUGGCAGUGCUGCGAGCUCAGCUGGAGUUGGCCAGGGCUGAACGCGCCAGAGCAGAUGAGAAGAUCCGACGUUUGGAACGGCAGCUCCUUGGAGAGGCGGGCGCUUCCAAGUCAUCCAAGUCAUCCAAGUCGCCAGAAUCCCCGGCUGAAACAUCAGAUUCUUCAUGCGGAGCUGAAGCAUCAGAUGCCAGUCAUAGCCAGGCGGAAUCUGAUGAAACGCCCAAGUCACCCAGCAAGUCACCCAGAAAUGCUGGAGUUGAUUGGGGAGAGAUGUUUCUGGACAUGUUGAUGGAAGGAAUCGGAGAUGGUUUUCCUGGAUCGAUUCGCCAGUCAGCACAGGAAGCCUUGCGUGAUGGGCCACAGCAACGACAUGACAAUCAUUGGACAGGUUCGACAGGUUGCAACUGGAUUGGUGGCAUCCGACUUGCGUGGACAUCGCCGCCAACUGUGCAAGAAGUCCAACGGCAUGUUCAAGAACAUUUCCCAAGGCCAAUUCAACCUGGUGACUCUUUGAGUAAAGUUGAUGGCAAAUCUGUGAAGGGUUUAAGCCGGCAAGACAUCCUAGGCCUUUUGCGGAAGUUCAAGGGAAACAUUGGCUUCAAGAGAGGAAGCCAUGAUAUGGCGAUCAGGGAAUCAGCCAAGCAUGCAUUAAAGAAAGGUCCAGAGAAGGAUGCCGAGCACAGCGAGGGGCAAAAUUGGAUUUGGGGGUUCCUCUUUGCUUGGACAUCUCCACCCGUGGUGCGUGAGGUGCAACCAGAGGUUCAACAGCAUUUCCCGAACCCAGUCAAUCCAGGUGAUGUCUUGCAUCAGGUUGACAACAAGCUUGUUGGCAAGCUGAGUCGCGAAGAAAUCUUGAAGCUUCUCGUUAAGUACAAGGGCAGCAUUGGCUUCCAAAGUCGUCAUGGUGACGAUUACCGAAAGUCGGCACAGGAUGCUUUGCAACACGGACCCCAAGAAGAUGCAGAAUCUGGCAAAGGCUGUGAUUGGAUCGGUGGCAUCUUGCUGGCAUGGACGUCUCCUCCAGUGGUUCGUGAUGUGAAACCAGAGGUGCAGAAGCACUUCCCACGGCCAAUCUCCCCUGGUUAUAUCUUACGCCAGAUUGAUGGCAAGCAUGUCAGAGGCCUGAACCGAGAGCAAAUUCUGCGUCUUUUGCAGGACUUUAAGGGCAGCAUUGGCUUCAGAAAUGGCAGCGACAUGGACGAGGAUGUGCGCAAGUCAGCCCAAGAUGCCUUGCAACAUGGACCCCAAGAAGAUGCAGAAUCUGGCAAAGGCUGUGAUUGGAUCGGCGGCAUCUUGCUGGCAUGGACGUCUCCUCCAGUGGUUCGUGAUGUGAAACCAGAGGUGCAGAAGCACUUCCCACAGCCAAUCUCCCCUGGUGAUAUCUUAUGCCAGAUUGAUGGCAAGCAUGUCAGAGGCCUGAACCGAGAGCAAAUUCUGUGUCUUUUGCAGGACUUUAAGGGCAGCAUGGGCUUCAGAAAUGGCAGCGACAUGGACGAGGAUGUGCGCAAGUCAGCCCAAGAUGCCUUGCAACAUGGGCCCCAAGAAGAUGCAGAAUCUGACAAAGGCUGUGAUUGGAUCGGUGGCAUCUUGCUAGCAUGGACGUCUCCUCCGGUGGUUCGUGAUGUGAAACCAGAGGUGCAGAAGCACUUCCCACGGCCAAUCUCCCCUGGUGAUGUGCUGAACUCUGUGGAUGGAGAGCAGGUUGGCCACAAGUCUAGGGACGAAAUCCUUCGAGCUUUUGUCCACUUCGACGGUCAGCUGGGCUUUCGCUCGAAGCAUGCCACUGAGAUCGGUCUCACGGAUCUUCUCCGUCGCUUGGGGGAUCUGUGACUCACCAGGGAAGCAGAGAACCUCAGCUCGUGCGCAUUUCGGCCUUAGUAAGGUGCAAAAGCUCAAAAUCUGGGCAGAGUUGUAGCUGAUGGCGUUCACUGUUCGUACCAGUGCUUGAGCUGAUUUUUCAAGAUUUUGCGAUAUUUUUCUUUUGGUUGUGGCAUCGGAUCUAUUUUCAUGUGGCAAAAGGCGUGCUUUCGGGCUGUGCAGUGCCCUGCAGCACCCAUUGCUUGCACAGAGAUUGCCACUUACAGGCACGACUUUCUGCAGAGAGCGUGCGGAUUCGAAAAAAACAACUGGAUCAAUCUGGAUCAGAGUGGGGCCGUUGAGUCAAGUUUCUGUGGCAAGCUUUGGAUUUCGCAUUUCAAAUCUCGUUUGGUGAAUUUUGAACACGUCCAGUGCCUGUUCAACCGCCACUGACCACAGUUCAUUGAGGAGACUGUGGAACGGAACCUGCGCCAGGUAGUGUCUUGCGGAGCUGAUUUGUUCGACCUUUUGCCACGAUUUUACAGGUUUUGUUUUUUUUUGCUGUGGAUUUUGAAUGCAAAACGAUGCAAAGCAGAUUUCUCAAAGCGCACUUGGUUUCUUUGAACGUCUUGCAGUCUCUCGGGGUGUUUUCUUGAGGCGUGCUUGAAUUGACCUGCAGAUAUGUUGGAUUCAAGUACGACACCCCUGUUCUUGGAGUUAAGAACCGAACGAAAUUGAUGGAGUCAAGAAUUAAAACCAGCAUUCUGUUCGUUGAAUCCGUGUUGUUUCAUCAUGUUACAUGUUUUGGCUGGUGAACAUGACGCAAUCUCAUAUUCAGGCCCACCGCCCAACAUGUCUCGGUGCACAGGCGGCAAUGAACCCUUCUGGACUGAGCCAGCUCUGGGUCCCAAAGGCAGGGUUCAUGAGAAACUCA